GUGUCGUGGAGGAAGCCGAACCGAAGAAAAAUAAAACACACAACUCUCUCGCACAUCGUAAAUUGAAGUGUAUUCUUUGUGCGCCGUAGUCUAUCGUCAAAUCUCUCGGUUUUCCAUCUCUCAGUUGGUGUAUUGUGCGAUUCAAAUGAAACAUUAAGUAUUAAUCGUGCGCCGUAUGUGCAUCGAAUCGCACACACAAGAGCAACAAUCCCGUGCAAAUGAACAAUUUAUAUAAAAAUAAACCGGUGAAAUUUGUUCUUUUUUUCCGUUGGUUUGUCAUUUUUUUUCGGUGGUGAAGAGUUUUCGAUUGAGAAUCAAACAACCAAAUCAUUUCGUAUGUUUGUUUAAUUACUUUACAUCGUUAAAAGUGCAAAAUAAUUUUACAUGAUCACCGUUCCGUGCGAGCUAUAUUCUCAAUUUGGAGCAAUGUAAAAUUUAUUUGGAUGAUCAAAGUGAAAAAUGAUAUAUUAUUAUCAUCAUUGAAAUAAAUCGUCGUCGUUCAAUGUUUUGGACGGAUUGUAACUUUGGACACAACGAGAGUGGAAAAUUGGUGAUUGAGAGGAACAGACUUAGAAAAUUCGACUCGUGCAGUGCUUACAAGAAGAAUUUUCGACAAGUGAUUUUAUUCAUCGGAUAUACAUGAAUCAUUUGCUGAAAUCAAAGAACUGACAAAAAGAGAAAAAGAAUUAUUGCUCUCAUUACUUUUGAUUUCAAGUGAAUUACGAUUAAUAAGAAUAUUUUUGAAGUUUGUGAUUUUGAAUCACUGGUGUGAAAAACAAAAACAAGAUAUUUUAUCGAAAAAAACAGAACUGGAAGCUAUUACUGAAUAAAUAGUGAACGAAAAAUUUUUCGAGAGAAGACAGUGUAAACAACUGCGAAACAAAGUGCAAUAGCUGGCAAAAGAAGUUUACAGCAGUGGUAAUUGGGUUAGAAGAAGGCGAAAAACUUUUUCUUGUGCAUCGUUUGACACAUAAUCAAUCAACAAAAUGAAUCCGGAGAAUUUUGCAAUGUCUUCAUAUCAAUUUGUCAAUUCGUUGGCAUCUUGCUAUCCACAGUCGCAGCUAGGACAACACGGUGGGAAUAACACAAGCAACACUACAUCUACCUCAACGGGCAAUAAUCAGGCCGCGACGACCAAUGAUUAUUUUCCAUCAUCGGCCUACACGCCAAACCUCUAUCCGAGCACACCCCAAGCGCACUACACAAAUCAGGCAUACAAUUUGGGUGGACAGCAAAAUCCAAACGAUAUGGUCGACUAUACGCAACUACAGCCGCAGCCGCAACGAUUAAUGCUACCGAAUCAACAGCAACAGCCUGCAAUGAAUCCAAAUAGUUGUAAAUACGAUCCGGACGGCGUUAAAAUCAGUGCAAACAACAACAAUAAUAACAAUAAUACCACGUCGCUCAUAUCAAGUCCUCAGGAUUUGACAACUGGCCGAGAUAUUUCACCGAAACUAUCGCCGACGGUUGUCGAAAAUGUGGCCCGUUCGCUAAACAAAAAUGUUGGCGGCGGCGGUGGUGGUGGUGGCAACGUUUCGUCUACAAAUCCAUUAGGUUUAAACAACAGCAACAAUAAUAAUAACGUAAAUCACACAAAUGUACCGAUGUCAAUGCACAGUCCCAACGGUGGUGACUCCGAUACGGACAGUGAAAGCGGCAACGAAGCAGGUGGCAGUCAAAAUGGUUCAGGCAAAAAAGGUACACCACCACAAAUCUACCCAUGGAUGAAACGCGUACAUAUCGGCACAAGUACUGUAAAUGCAAAUGGUGAAACAAAACGUCAAAGGACUUCUUACACGAGAUAUCAAACGCUUGAGCUAGAGAAGGAAUUUCAUUUUAACCGUUACCUGACCCGACGACGACGCAUCGAAAUCGCCCAUGCCCUGUGUCUCACCGAGCGUCAGAUCAAGAUUUGGUUUCAGAAUCGCCGUAUGAAAUGGAAAAAGGAGCAUAAAAUGGCAUCGAUGAACAUUGUCCCGUACCACAUGUCACCGUAUGGCCAUCCAUACCAAUUCGAUAUCCAUCCGUCACAGUUUGCUCAUUUGAGUGCAUAGGACGCGUGGCACUUUUCGAGUACUGGUUAGAGACUCAAUCAGCUGUAUCAACAGGAACCAUAUCAAGGCUACCAGAAUAAUCAGGAUAGUUCGAAUACAACCAUAUUCAAUCAUUCUGAUUCUUCAAAGUAUCCGCAAGAGUUCUGAUCAAUCACAGUAUAGUAUGUGUGCAUUGUACGACAGUGCGAGUGCAUUGACUAUGCUGUGACCACAAUCAGCUGCUAUUGGGCGUGCAUUCGAUGAAAAGGCGAUAUUCACGUUGCGAAUACACACAGUGGCAACGUGGAUACCGUUCUUUUGAUCGAAUGCAACUUGAUUUAUAUCACUGGCAAAGUACACGAGCUGCUAUCGCUGAAAAUCCUAUAUACUUUUUUUCUUUUGGUUACGUUAUAUAUCAUUUAAUUUUCGUUCAAAACUUUUAAUUUUUUUUUACGUUUUUUUCUCCCUCUUUCAUUUGAUUUCUAUAAAUGUAUGUUUGAAGCUAUUAAUUUGAGUAGAAGCACAUAUGAAAAAAAAAAUGAUAAUGUUCCAAAAUCUAUAGUGAAAUUAAUGUUCCCACAUCCUCCAAAAAAAGAAGAAAUUAUGUCAGCGAACUAACAGUUCGUGUAUUUUUCUGUAAAUAGAGUUUUUAGUGUAAGUGUCGCUAAAAUGUCGAAACAAGAAGCACGGCAUCAAUCGUAUUCAUGAUUCGCAACAUUUUGGCGAUGUGUUUUUCCAGGCCAGUGUUUAAAUCAUUUUCUCCAAAUCAGUAUUCGAAAAGCAUUUAGUAUGUAAGACAAUUAGUGUGUAAGGUAAAUGACUUAAAAAAAAGAAAAAUGAAACAACAAACAGAAUCCUUUCUCUUUUAAAUGAUAAUACGAGUAGAGCGUGGGAGACGGAUAGAAAGAAAGUGUGUGUAAUUCAUCCAAGAUUGAAUUCAUCUGCAUAUAAUAAUUUUCACGACAGAAUGAUUUUAUCAUAUCGAGAUACAAAGAAAUUCCUCUAUUUGUAAUAAUCAAUUGGGUUAUAUAUGUGUUUUUUUUCUCCUUUACUAUAUUAUUUGUUGCUAUUGCAUAUUUACUUUUUUAACCUGGCGCCGACUUCUAGAUUCAUCGAAUUUAUUUUCGUUCCGUUCAAUAGUUUUGUUUGUUAAGAUUUAUUCUUUUUUUUUCUCGGUCACGAAUAUUUUAUUUGUAUAUAAUUUUAUGUGGUUGCAAGUAAACAGACAAAAAAAUUAUACAUUUUGCUAUAAAUAAAAAAAAUAGUUAAACCGUAAGUUUAAAGAACCGACAAACAAAUUCGGAUGUCACAGGGCUUAUGUUUUUGAUUUUCUUUACGUUCAUCUGACAGUAUUGUAAUACAUUGAUUUCAGUUUUUGUUUCAUUUUCUAUGAUUCGUCCGACGAGAAAAAAAAAUUUCGAACGCAACAGCAUUAAUGUAGUUGAUGAACAAUAAAGAAACAAACAAAAAUUCAGGAUUGAAAUGUUUAGUAUUUAAAAGAGGGAAAAAAACUCUACAUGCAAGCAAAAAAAAUGCAAGUACUUCGUAAUUAAUAUGGCAUAUUAUUUAUAGAUUGGUGUAAAUAGGAAGCCAAUGAUCGUCUGCCGUGAUGAUUUUAUCAAGAAAAAAAAAAACAAUUGUGUAAAUUUUUAGACAUGUUUAUUUUGUGUUCUUAAGUUUUAAAUCGAAUGCUCAAAAACCCAUGAACAGUGACGACCGAUUUUCAAUCUUAUUUUUCUCUAUCUUUUUUUUGUCUUGCAAUAAAUAAUUUCACCUGAAUAAUUUUUUUUCUAUUUCUGACUUGGUAAAACCACCGAUAGAAAUAAACCAUGAUUCAAACGAUGUUUGAACGAAAAACAAACUAAAAAACACAUCUAGCACAAAAGCAAUUCACAGUGAACAUCACUUCCCUAUCAGUUGGUUUUAAGUUUUGAAUAUUGUUUUAAAUAUUUAACAUUAAAAAAUGCAACGCACCUGAUUUAAAGUACGGGCUUGACGGAAGUGAUUUUUUUCUCCUCAAGUAAAAUUGUACAUGUAAUGUUUAAUCACACACUGUGAAAAAAUCCAAGAAAUAAAAAUCAGCGAUAAUUGCGUUUGAACAAAGGAAAUCCCUCUAAAAAUGAAAUUUACUGUAUAUCAAAUAAGAUGAUAAAAGUUUUGUUGGUCGUGAUCUCACGAAAGAAAAAAAGAAAUCUCUAAAUAUUAUAUUUAAAAAAUCUGUCGGAUAAAGAUAACCUCGAGAGAAGUUCUUGAUUUUAAUUUACAUUUUGUCAACGCGAUUUAUGAAAAUGCGGCAGUAUUCUGUAUUUGACUCUUGGUUCAAUGUUCACAAGUGAAUAGCAAUAAUCGAGUUUUCAUUGAUUGAUAAGACAAUUGAAAAUUUUUAACACACACACAAACACACAAAUAAUUUUUAGUAUGAUGUUUUAGAAUGAACGAGAGAAGAAUCUAUGCUGAUGCUACAAUUUAGAAUCAUUUGAAUUAAGUUCUCUCUAUAUAUAAAAAAAUGCUAAAAAGAAAAUUACUUAAAUAAAAAAACACUCUAUAUCUUAUAAUCUAAAUGAAAAAAAACUACAAAAAACACUUUGCGAUAAGACUAUUUGAUAGGGUUUUAGUUUGUUCUGAAAAUUAGUUAAGGUUCUUUAUGUGUAAUGUGUAUUUUUGAAUACUGUAUCAAAAACAAAUCAACAACAACAAAAAACAAACAAAUGAACAAAUGCAAACUAAAUAAAAAAAAUAUUGAAAUUAAUACAUGAUGACAAACAUAGUUAUUUUAAGCAGACGGACGGAUGGAAUACAACUACUACAAAUUAACUUUUAAUAGACAAUUUUAUUGUAAUUCGAAAUGUAUAUUGCAUUAUUAUACCCACAUUUUAACAAUAGUGCUCUCUGAUUGCACUCCACGAUGACACUUUAAUGAAAGUAUAAAGCACAAAAUGGUCGAAUCGAUAUUUUUGAUUGAAAAAAAUCCCAACUUUGGUGGUCAUCAGACAGAACCAGUUCACCAAAGAAUCAAACCACCUUUUUGGAAAAAUGAACAAAUAUCAUUGAAAUCUCUUUUGAUUGCCCAAAUUCCUUUUUGAAAACAAUUGCAGUUUUUUUCGGUUUUUUUAAUUGAUCUAUAUAAAGUAUUUGUAUACUAUUUUCACCCUGAUAAAUAUGAAUGAUUAUAAUUCAAAUUAGUUAAAUGUACGAAAUACUCAGAUUUCACUGUGAGUUUAAUGAAAAUUAAAAAAAAAAUCAAGAUUAUGUAAACUGCAUUCCAUGUGUAUAAUCAAAAACUCAAAAUAAAUUAUGUAACGAAUAAAA